UUUCCUCUCCUGGUCUCCACUCUUCUCUAUACUUUCUUUUUUCUCCUUGCCCUUUAAUUCCACCCUCUGUCCGUCCAUGCCGGAGAAACUCCUGACUGACUCCGAUGGUCUUAUUCCUGAGCCCCCUCCGCCAUCGGAGUGGCGCCGAGCACCAUACCUUGAAGAUGGCGACCAAUUUUGGGACAAAGUCACCAUUUAUCCCGAAUCCUCAAACCCACCCAUCAACACAGACACCAAACCCCUACUGUUGGAACCUGAAAUAGAGGUAAGCGAGACAGCUGAUGAAUUGCCAGCUUCUUCCAUUCCCCGUCUUUUGAUUGAACGAGGAGAUUUCCCAUACUCGUUUGUCCAAUACGGCAGUCAUACAGAUUGUGAUUGGAUGAUCUGGUCCCUACAUAUUCUCAACAAUGAUCGUUAUAGUCACAUCCUCAAAAGGGCUAAUAUACUUCGCUCGCUACGCCUUUGUCCAUUUUUGACAGUCCAGCUUGAUCAACCAAGCUUAGCUGUGCUCCUUUCGAGGUGGAGUUGCGAGACUCACACCUUUGUGGCGUCUUGGGGUGAGUUCGCGCCUUCUUUGGAAGAUAUCUCUGUAUUACUCCAUCUUCCCGUCUUCGGCGCAGCUGAUUCUGAUCUAUCCAUGGUAUCCGAAGAGGACCAGGAAAUAGUUGUUGCCUUGCGUAGCGCCGCCAUAGAGGCGGCACAAUGUGGCUCACGCUAUCAAGGCUCUGUUCUUCUCGAUUCGCCUCCUCCAUGUUCGUCGAAAUACCCGACUUAUGCCCAGUGGUAUAGGCAUUUUUUCCGAGAUUAUGAACCAAUUUCUAAUCUGAUGGGGUCGGCUCAACUUUUCCGUGAAAGUGUCACAGGACCUGAGUUUGGAAAACGUUAUGAGCUAGCGGGCUUUUUAUCUUACUGGUUAGACAGGUUUAUUUUUGAAGGCAAACCUGAAGGUGGCAUCAACGAGCGAGUGUUCCCUUUGGCCGCGGCUCUGUCUCGCGGCUGCGCGUUGCCUCUUGCACCAAUGUUUUUAGGUACUUUAUACUACAGGUUGGACAUGUUGAAGCGAGAUUGGGCUCGAUCCCUCGGUCGCUAUGAAGUCACUACUUUUGUUUCUUGCUCAUUCUUGACUUUGUUUUUGUAUAAGCGCUUCCCAAACUAUGCGCCCAAAACCCUUUGUGAAAAAGCUGGAAAUGGACAUUCUCAAGACUAUAGUCACCCAAUGUGGUGGGCAUACCUCAUGACUUCCAGUUACUUGAGUGACUAUAUUGAUGAAUUUGAAAACUUCUGUGCCCGCCCAUAUGUUGUUGAGCAAAAUGGCAUUCUUUAUGGGGGUCCUGAAGAAUUUGUGGCGGUGCUGAAGGAUGACUUUAACAUCAACACUUUAAUAUUCAUUGCAAUUGUGUCAAAAUGUGCUCUUCCCUACAUAACUGAGACCGGAGAGGGAGCAAUCGCGUACAACCCUUGUAGGACUGCUCGCCAAUUCGGAUAUGACCAAGGUGUACCAGGGCCUACCAAUUGCCAAGGAUCAUAUACUUCCAGCUGCGCUAGAUUUAGUAGCAGUCGCAAACUCACCCUUCAUCAGUAUCCUGCUAGCUUCAUUAUUCCCUCAGGCAAACGUGAAGGUAGCUACACUCCACGCUUUCACAAGUAUUGGGCUAACAUUUUGAAGUUGUUGUUUGCCUUCCCUUUUGGCUCUCCUCAACCAUUGGAACCAGUACCUAUAUUGGAAGAUGAUAUUUCCUUGAAGGCUCCCAAAAAGCGACCGGAUGUAACACGUGGCGGCUUAAGCCGUUUUGCAGUAUCUAGGACCACCAAAACUGCUUCAGCAGCUCAAAUAACAUAUCAGGAACAUAGGUCUGCGAGCAAAAGGCAACAUCCAUUGAUCAACUUAGGGCCAUCCAAGUGCACGAAGCGCAUGGGAAUGCUCUCCAAAACCAAUUCGGAGUUUGGCUCUUCGCUUGAUCGUGCUGAUGAAACUCCAGUCUCUCCACCUGUUUCUCCUAGCCAUCUUGAAGUGGACGAGUUUACUGACACGGCUAAUAUCACCAAGAAGUCACCUUCAGAUAGCGAGCAACAGGGGAGGUCAGCUGAAUCGCAGGGCUUGAGGCACUUUGAUAACUUACCUGUUGAUUGUCUCCUUUCUCCGAAUGGUUUCAUACUCCGCGUGGAUUAUGAAAAGAGGGAUCUAUCUGCUGCCAAAGGUUGGUGUGCGGAUGAUGUUGCUGAGCAGGAGGUUGCAGCUCCUGACCCGGUCGAGAUCAGAGAUAGUGCUGGUGAUAGGCAUUUAAAUUCGGAGGACAUCAAAUUAAACCUACCAGAAGCUGAAAGUAUAAAUGUAGCCCCUGCUUCAGUUUCAUCUGCAGGUGCUUCAGUACCCAAGACCAGUCUUGCGCUGCCCCUUCCUCCUCCUCGAGAGGAGAACAUUGGCCCUGAUGGAUUAGUGCAAUGGCUCAGCUAUAAAUGUAGCUUCCGAAGCAUUCCAUACCUUGAUUGCGUAUUUCAGAAAUACCCCAAGACAUUUGAUGAUUUUAGAGUUAAAAGUGCACAUUUUCAGGGGAUGUUCUUGGAUGCCCUCGGCGGUCUCAUCAAAUCUUUGGCAGGAAAAAGGUUUAGCCAAAUUACUACUGAGGAUAUCAAUGUUGCUAGAGAUCUAAUGUUGGAUUGGAAAUCUUCAGCGGGGUUAAAUCUAUCAUGGCUCGAGCAGAGGUACGCAGAUGCUAAUGCUAGACUUGCUGUCCGUGACCUUAACCAAGAAUCUGCACAGAUUUUGUUGGAAUUGCAAGAGACUGACGAGUAUGUUAUGGAUCUCCGUCUCGAUUUGGCGGUAGAGGAGGCAAAAGCUGCUUCUCUUAGAGCUAGAUGCAAGGAGUUAUCCCAGAAUAUCUCUUCUCAGCGGGCUAUUAUUGACCCUACUCUUAGUUUUGAAGAUGAAAUUUUGAAAGACUUGAUUGACUGAUUAUUCACACCCGUAAAACUUCAACUCUAACCUGACCAAGUAGUAAUUUGAUAUAUAUUGCAUACCUCUUCAACUUCUGGGUCAUUUGGGCCUUUCCCGGGACUUGCAACUCUCUCGUUCUUGAUAAGCUUUGAGAGCUAAAAGGGCGACGAAUGGUGACAGAAUGAAUGUGUGUUUCGACGGCAUGUAUGUCAACUUAUGAUAGAAAUGGCAAGGAAACUUAGAAGCAAUGUAGCUAGCUCACUUACAGCUCUUUUGUAAUGUGUUUUGUGUCUGUAUAAACAACUAGUGAUGUGCUCCA